CCCAAGAUGGACUUGUCAGGUGGUCAGGGAGGUAACAACUCCAGCGACUUCGUUCGCAAACUUUACAAGAUGCUCGAGGACCCGGCGUACAGCGAAGUCGUCCGGUGGGGUGAUCAGGGGGACAGUUUUGUCGUUCUUGAGAACGAGAAAUUUACCAAGACAAUCCUGCCGAAACACUUCAAGCACAGUAACUUUGCUAGUUUCGUGCGUCAGCUGAACAAGUACGACUUCCACAAAGUCAGGCACAAUGAGGAGAAUGGUCAAUCUCCAUACGGUGCUUCUGCGUGGGAGUUUAAGCACCCGGAAUUUGGUGCAGAUAGGAAAGACAACCUCGAUAAUAUCAGACGCAAAGCGCCUGCGCCUCGCAAGGCCCAGGUAGCUGACGAGCAAUUUACCACUAACCAGCAGAUUGCAACUCUGUCCGACACGUUGACCGCGACCCAGCAGCAAGUGCAAGCCCUGCAAGAGUCCUACUAUGAGAUCUUGAACGCCAACAAGAUCUUCGUGGAAGAGAUCCUCCAUCUGCAGAAGCUUGUCCGCGCGCAGAACCAGGUCCACAACGAACUCAUCACCCACCUUAGCAAAGUCGACAGUGAUAAACGCGAGAACCGCGCCGCCGGCACGUCCAGCAACAAUUCGACGCCAGCUGCGUACACAAGCGCGACUGCUCAGAAUUACCUUGCCGAGUCCGUUGACUCUCCGGCGGAGCUGCGCCGCGCCCGGGACAUCCUGAAUGGACUCACCGUUGAGCACUCUGCCGAUCCGGAUCUCAAGAGAAUGUCCAUCGCCUUUGCACACCCACAGGGCUCGUCUCCAGAAUCCGCGGGCUCGUCAUCGAUGAUGGGACCUCCUGGAUCAGCAGGCAUCCAGCCAUACUUCCAGGAUCCCCUCAACGAUAUGCGCCACAUGGUGUACCCCGCAGGCCAGACCAUUGGCAUCGAUCCUUUCGCUCCUGAGCACUUGAACAAUGUCCCGUACAACAGGCCCGUCCAGGAGACCCCGCUCAACAAUGUCGCAAGCGACCUCAGCAACACCAACAAUAUUCACACACCCGGGACGACUGCCAACCACGGGACUGGACCUUGGGGUAUCAAGAAGCCCAUCAUUCUCCUCGUCGAAGAUGACAAGACGUGCUCUCGAAUCGGUUCGAAGUUCCUCUCACAGUACGACUGUGGGGUGGAAGUCGCGCGAGAUGGCCUGGAAGCUGUGAACAAAGUUAACCAGAAGAACAACUACUACGACCUCAUCUUCAUGGACAUUGUAAUGCCACAACUCGACGGUGUUUCUGCCACCGCGAUGAUCAGAGAGGUCCAACCAAACAUCCCCAUCAUUGCCAUGACGUCAAAUAUCAACCAACAAGAUCUCGAGAUGUACUUCCACUGGGCAGGCAUGCGCGACGUUCUGGCCAAGCCUUUCACAAAGGACGGCAUGAUCGGCAAGCUCCGGCGGCAUCUUGCGAGCUUCCUGCGUAACCCACCGCCAGACAGCAUGAUGGACCCGAUGUACCCCAACGGAGGUAACACACAGCCACCUACGCCCGGUCCUUACGCCAACCAGAACAUGGCCAUGGGUCAGCUGGCUGGCGCCCCCGCCACGGGUGUUGGCAAAUUCGACUCAACACCGAUCCAGUCGCCAGCAACCAGCACAAGCUGGAACUCGCCUAGCCAGCUGCCUCAGCCUUCUCCUACCAUGGCGCACGAGCAAGGUGGCUACCUGGCAGCUGGCAGCGGUACGCCAAUGGGGCUGACGCCGGGAGGCAGUCAGAAACCACCCGCGCAGUUCCAGAAUGCGAUGAUGCCCACAAUGGGAGGACCACCUCAAGCCCGGAUGCCCGUUGACGGGCCCCCGGAGAAGCGACAGCGGCUGUAUGGCCCCAACGGCGGAUACUAAUGAGGCUUGCACCGUCGUAUGAGGUUUUGAUUUCGUGUGGUAUAAUUUCGUCAGGUCCCUUGUUUGACUUGAUAUCGCGGUAGACUUAUGAUGACCAGCCAUGAAGUAGAGGCUCAGCUGCCCGCUGCGUCCACUCAGGCUUAUAUAUAUAUAUAUAUAUACAAAGUGGCGGCGAGAGCUCCUUCGUGUGUAGACAUACGGCGCUCAAGAGCCAGCAGCCGUUGGGGCCGUAUUGGAUACCCUUGACAUUUUCCUGUAU